ACGCAGUCUCCUGGUUUUUGCAGCUAUGGCUCUAUCCAGUUUUGUGUCUACCAGAAACAAUGCAAAAUUGCAAACAACUAGCUACCUACGCAGCAUCGCUUCAGACUGGCGAAAUUGACGCAUGUGAACCAACCCAAUUCCUUCGUCUCAGAAAUUUGUCAUCACACAGCCCGAACAGCAACAACAAACAUGGAGGAAUAUGCCCGUGAACCUUGUCCCUGGAGAAUAGUAGAUGAUUGUGGUGGUGCAUUCACCAUGGGGACAAUUGGCGGAGGGGUAUUCCAAUCAAUCAAGGGCUUCCGGAACGCUCCUGUGGGCUUUCAGCACAGACUAAAAGGUAGUGCCAAUGCUGUGAGAAUAAGAGCUCCACAGAUCGGCGGUAGCUUUGCUGUGUGGGGUGGACUUUUCUCAACGAUCGACUGUGGUCUGGUCCAUAUUCGAGGGAAAGAGGAUCCCUGGAACUCUAUAACUAGUGGAGCGAUGACUGGGGCAGUCCUGGCUGCACGCAGUGGGCCCUUGGCUAUGAUGGGGUCAGCUAUGAUGGGGGGCAUCCUACUGGCCCUGAUCGAGGGCUUUGGGAUCCUUCUCACCAGAUACACAGCACAGCAGUUUCAGAACCCGAGUCCCUUUGUGUAUGACCCCAGCCAGCUUCCUCCGAAGGAUGCCAGCCAACAGCAGACUGGGUUCCAGUAGAGCCCAACUUGGUCUGGAGCUAAUGAGCCUAGCUUACAGCCCUG